AUGAAAAAGAAGACAGUGGUCUUCAAGCGAAUUGAUGGUCUGGGUAUGGAGGCGGAUCUGCACUAUCCAGGGUUUAUGAUUCACUACAGCGGCUACAUCUCCUCUCUCGGAAUGAUCUCCGACCAGAGCAGAAACACACAUUCCAGCACAGAGAGUUCAUGCCAAUCGCCAUGGACUAUCGACUGGGACCAGAGGGCACACUGGCCCGGGGCCUGA